AUGGAUGAAGAGAAUUCUGAUUACUCGAUUAUCGUCUGUGUGAAACAACUGCUUCAUCUGCCCCGUGAGCAUUCUAACAAGAAGAUAUGGCUCAAAGCUCAUUUUGCGGAUCAGACUUGCGAUGAGUCGCCUAAGCUUAGCAUGGAAGACGAUGGCACUAUUAACUUUAAUCACCGGUUUAAAUUCACAUUUGAAGAGAUAAAUUUGGCAUCUCUCAACGAAUUCGGCAAUCGACCAUUCGUCAUAAGCAUUUUUGAGGCUCCUAGCGUGCCCAAGAAGAGUGACUUAAAGAAGCCUCGUGUUGGGAUUGCCGCCUUCGACAUUCUGCCACUUAUUCGAGGUGAACUCGCGUUUGAUCUGCAGGUGCCCGUUCAUCUCUCUAGUCACACAACAUCCGCAACUGAUGCAAAGAAACCUCAUAUGUCCCUCUCUGUAUCUACACGUAGCCCCAUUAACCAAAGCUUUUCGGAAAGUCCCUUUAACGUGCUGAGAAUUCGCGUGGAAAGUAUGCAGAGUUUGCCGGAUGACUAUAUCAACCAAACCUCUGACUAUGUGAACAUUGCCGCAUUCAAGUCCUUUGCACAGGCUGACCAGCCGGUCGUUUUCAGUGAAUCCGUUAUAAGUCUUCCAACGGAACCCGUAGAGAACCGUGGGAAGUCGUGGAUGUUAACCGAUGGUAUAAUGCCAGGAGAGGCUCUCAUCCCCGGAAGUGAGGGCAUAUCGGCUGAAAAGAAGUACCUCGAGGAAGAUGGGGAACUCCAGGAGGAUAACGAUAUUGAGCACAGGUACCAGUCCGAGCACAAUAAGCCCAAACUCCUAUGGAGCCAAGAAUGGCGAGCUUUCCUCGACUUUGACUCAUUACAGCGAAUGAAAGAACAGAUUUCGUCGUCACCACUUUUGCCGAUUGAAGUGCUACGUUUGCCUACUGCAGAAAACCCCAAAGUCAAGAAGGAAAAUGACUAUGCGAUAACGUUUCACGGCGUGGCCUUUGUGGAUCUGUUCAAGUUACUUCAGCCAGGCGGUGAGUAUGAACAUGAUCAGAAAAUGUAUGGAAUUCGAUUUAAGAAAUUCUUGCUCAUUUUUAAGAAAAAAUAA